AUGCCGAGCCGUCAGCGUAAACAGCCCGAGAAUCGACGCAGGACUGGCUGUUUUCAAUGCAAAGAAAAACAUGUCCAGUGUACAGAAGAGAAGCCGAGCUGUAAACGUUGCGAGCGGUUAGGGCUACAAUGCGUCCGAGGCAUCAAGCUCCUUUUCCGCGAGGAUGCGAUUGAGCGCGGCAUUCAUUUCGGACGAGAGGGCACCUGGUCAAAACGAUGCAAACGAAUCAAGAAACCGCCGGUCCUCGAAUUAGAUAACGACUUUACCGGCGUGCCCCUCGACCAAUACCACGGAAGAUGGAUCUGGUUAAAUACAACAUACAACGAUUUUACAGGAGAGCCGAAUAAAUGGGACGAUGGCGAAAAUGAGGUGGAACUAUUUUCGCCCAUCGGCAAUGAUGCUGGUUGUUGGGUACUCGCAUCCGGACAGCACGAACAACAGCAGCAGCAACAACAAUUACUCAGCCAAACAUUAAAGAUGAGGUCGUUGGGAAACCCAUUGAGUUAUUACAAGCAAUCCGAGGCACACCUGCUAGACUAUUUUAUUAGGGCGAUUGGACCAAAUUGUUCAUUGAGUUCGUCGCAGAAUCCAUACAUGUCCCUGGUUCCGUUGCUUUCGUAUACAACGUUCCGAAAUACUAUUCUCGCCGUAUCGGCGAACCAAUUGUCCUUGCUGGGUGACACGAGAUACUCCAAAGAGGCACGCAUGUAUAAGCAAAAGGCGCUCACGGGUUUGACGCAGAUUGGAGGCACGAGCACGGAGGAUUUUGGUGUGGUGGCUUCUGUGUUGAUGCUAUGUUUUCACGACAUUUCAGAUAAUUGCUCGCCUUCGUGGGUUACGCAUCUACGCGGAGGACUGGAUAUGACGCAGUAUCUUCCGGCGGGGUCGGCGCAAAUGGAGUCUCUGAAACGAUUCUUCAACAUGUACUUUGUUGCGCAUGAUAUUAUGAGCCGCACGGCGCCCCUUGAUUGUGAUGAUGAGCCGGUGCAUGAAUGGUUGGAGAAUGACGAUCUGGAUGAGAUUGACACAACCGUUGGAUGCUCUCGACGUCUAAUGACACUCGUGAGUCAGACAUCCAGUCUGGCUCGUCAGAGGCGCAAGGUAAAAGACAUGAACAGCGACUUCAUCAGAAGAUGCGAAGACGUCGGAAUGGGACUGGAAAGUCUACACCAGAAACUACCCGCAUUAACAUCAACCACGGAAAGCUUCAUUCUACAGAUCGCCGAAAUCAAGCGCCUGAGUGCAUUGCUGUAUUUUACGGAGAACCUCGGCGAUCUAGUCUCACCAUCGUUGCUAUCAUCGGCCACUCACAGCAGUCGAGCGUCGUAUCAUACUUGCUCAAUGCCUACCCGUUUAGUUUAUUCUCCUUCAUCAUCACCUUUCUCUUCCACCUCAUCACCAGCAUCGCCCGCAUCAACAACGUCAUCUACAACGUCAACAUCAUCAUCGUCAUCAUCAUCAUCAUCUUCCUCCAAAAACUCAACAGCCAUAAAACAACGCCUCGUCAGCACAAUAAUAGACCUAAUCUCCACCCUCCCCAACCCGAAUACUGCUUCGGUAAUGUGGCCAUUAUACAUAAUCGGCCAUAGCACGGGUCUCGAAGACGAGGCUCAGCGCCGCUUUGUGCUCGAGAGGCUAAGAGCAAUUCAGUCAACCCGAAAUUUAGGGAAUGUGCGGCAGGUGAGAUUGGCUGUGGAGAAGAAUUUUAGGAUGACAGAUUUGGACUUGUCGUCUUCAACAACAGCGCCGAUCUCCUCGCUGUCCAAAAGGCGUGAUAGUGUUGUUCCAGGGAUGAUGAUUAGUUUGGCAUGA